UUGGUGUGACACAAAAGCGCCUUCAAACUCACACUGUACAGCCUGGAAGGUGAGAUAAUCGUUCCGGGAUUUCUUGUGCUCAGCGCCUCAGCACAGACAGCUUCAGUGGACUUGCAACAAAAAGCGAUACAGCAAGUCGCGCCAGUGAUAUCCUACAUUUCAAAUCAACACAUCAUUAUUCAGUGGACGAUGGGAAGCGGUGGCAACACAUCGGACAUUCCGUACUAUUUCUCACAUUUGGCCAUGAUGAACAAUAGUGUUUUUUGUCGGAACUUCAGCGAUAACGUGAGUGGAGAGGCCAAAUGUGAGAGAACAGACAACCUCGCCAAAGACUCGACACCAGUGAUCAUCGCGAUUAUAAUCACGACUCUUUACUCUAUCGUGUGUGUGCUUGGUCUGGUGGGGAACGUACUCGUCAUGUAUGUCAUUAUCAGAUACACUAAAAUGAAAACCGCCACAAAUAUCUACAUCUUCAACCUGGCCUUGGCUGAUGCACUAGCCACCAGUACGCUGCCCUUCCAGAGUGUCAACUUCCUGAUGGGGACCUGGCCGUUUGGAGACGUGCUGUGCAAGAUAGUGAUAUCCAUCGACUACUACAACAUGUUCACCAGUAUCUUCACAUUGACCACCAUGAGUAUUGACCGUUACAUUGCAGUGUGCCACCCCGUCAAGGCCUUAGACUUCCGCACGCCCCGUAACGCAAAGAUUGUCAACGUGUGCAACUGGAUCCUGUCCUCUGCCAUCGGUCUGCCUGUCAUGUUCACCGCCUUAACUACUGUAACUGAUAAUGGCAAGUAUGACAGAUUCAUCGACUGCACUUUGAUCUUCCCACACCCAUCCUGGUACUGGGAGAAUCUCCUGAAAAUCUGCGUCUUCAUCUUUGCCUUCAUCAUCCCGGUCCUCAUCAUUACCGUAUGCUACGGGCUAAUGAUCUUGCGCCUGAAGAGCGUGCGCAUGUUGUCCGGCUCCAAGGAGAAGGACCGCAACCUGCGGCGCAUCACCCGCAUGGUCCUGGUGGUGGUGGCCGUCUUCAUCAUCUGCUGGACGCCCAUCCACAUCUACGUCAUCAUCAAAGCCCUAAUCAACAUCCCCAACUCCCUGCUGCAGUCCGUCACCUGGCACUUCUGCAUCGCUCUGGGCUACACCAACAGCUGCCUGAAUCCCGUCCUCUACGCCUUCCUGGACGAGAACUUCAAGCGCUGCUUCCGCGAGUUCUGCAUCCCCUUGAGUCCCUCUGUGCUGGAGUUGCAGAAUUCUUCUCGUACCCGCCCCCACCAGCAGCACCAGCGCGAUCAGCACUCCAGCGCCAACAGGGUGGAGAGGUCCAAUCAACAGGUAUGACUAGGUAUGGAGAUGUUGUCUUUGGACUCACGCUACCAGCCUAACGAUGACAUGAGCUCGGAAGUCACCCAGGUAACCACAGUGCUCUGACACAAAGCUCUGACACAUGAUGCGCCAAGAUACUGAAGUGCUUCGUAGCACAAGCAUCGAUCGUACUGUUGCCUCUUUCUGGAGAGGCUGACAAGUAUUUGAAUGCGGAAUGACACUCCGCAUAAAGCUUUCUGUCAGGUAGCAUUAUUAAAAUGUUGAACAUUAGGCAGAACACUGAAAUGAAGACACAUCCACUAUUAUGUACACAGUAUCUUUGUAGACUGGUAUAUUGAACAUACUGUAAUAGGAUAAUGUUCUAUGGUCAACAUCAUUCACAAUUAGAAACUCUUGAUUGAGAGCACUUAUUUCAAGACACUAAUUCAAGAAGAUUGUUAUUCAAGGGUCAAGCGGCGAUUCAAAAAAACAAGGCUGCCACCCCACCACUUGUUUUGGUAAACAGCUGAGAGAUGGGACUGGAGGAAUGUAACCACUGUCAAAUUGAUAGACAGAGCUAUGGAUGCAAGAACUGACCAUCCAUGAGAUCAAAAUGAUCUGUUUGUUUGUUUACAAUUACAUUAUUGUUUGCUUCCAGAGUCAAUGGCUUUAUAUUAUUCAUUUUAAAGUCAGAAAAUGGAUGUAGCCCAUCAAUCUGCUUCACAUCUACUGUAUGUAUAGCAGCUUUUAUAUACUGUAUGUUCUGUACUAAAUUGUUAUUUAUUAUAUGUGUAUAUGAUGUGCAAGUGGUUUUGGAACUGUCAAAUUAAUCAUUUAUAUUUUAUUUCCGUGUCAAAUCGGCAGUUGGCAACCCAUCCCUUACUGGAUUUACUGAGGCAUAAACAAACAUUACAAUGAUUCACAGUGAUUAUUCAGUGAUAAUUCUUCCAGUGUUCUGUGUAGUGUGCACUGCAUAAAGAAUGAAAAAUGAAUAAUAGUAAAUAAGGUUAUUCAAGCAAUAAUAACAACCCUAGAGCUGUAAAAAAGAAUACAAAUUAAUUACAAAAGAAAUACAGCAAAUAGCAUUUAAACCCGGUCUGGCACAAAGAGAAGAUUUAAAUCAAAUCUAAUUUUAUUUGUCACAUGCACCAAAUUCAACAGGUGUUCACCUUACUGUGAAAUGCUUACUUACAAGCCCUUCUAUUGUGAGUGAUAUACACAACCUAUAUACAUAUGUGCACUUUGAAUUUCAUUCUGUCACCCUUUUUAUUUUAUUCCAAGCUUUUAUAAAACAAAACAGAAAUACACAAAAGACGAAAAACUAUUUCAGUUUCUCUUCAUCGCUCAGCCACAUAAUGCAAGGGUAGAUUUGGUGGAAUUUCUGAAAGCGUAUAUCGUGGUAGAAAGGACAAUAGAGGAUAAAAUUAAUUGAGUUCUCUCUUCGAGGUCACAAUAGUUACAUAGUGUUUCCGCUUCCAUUUCACCAAAAACCGACCUGUUUCAAUACACAGAGACAAUAUCCCUUAUAUUACCUGUUUCAAUAUGCAGAGACAAUAUCACUGAUCUAACCUGUUUCAAUACACAGAGACAAUAUCCCUUAUAUUACCUGUUUCAAUAUGCAGAGACAAUAUCACUGAUUUUACCUGUUUCAAUACGCAGAGACAAUAACCCUGAUCUUACCUGUUUCAAUACACAGAGACAAUAUCCCUGAUCUUACCUGUUUCAAUACGCAGAGACAAUAUCCCUGAUCUUACCUGUUUCAAUACUCAGAGACAAUUUCACUGAUCUUACCUGUUUCAAUACUCAGAGACAAUAUCCCUGAUCUUACCUGUUUCAAUACUCAGAGGCAAUAUCUCUGAUCUUACCUGUUUCAAUACACAGAGGCAAUUUCCCUGAUCUUACCUGUUUCAAUACGCAGAGGCAAUAUCUCUGAUCUUACCUAUUUCAAUACACAGAGGCAAUUUCCCUGAUCUAACCUGUUUCAAUACACAGAAGCAAUUUCCCUGAUCUUACCUGUUUCAAUACACAGAGGCAAUAUCCCUGAUCUUACAUGUGUACAUAGCGAUCACUUGCUUUUAUGUAGGUUGUACAUAAUAUAUAUAUCUCACACACAAAGUCAGCCUUAAUCAAACAAAAGGUUCUCAAUUUGGGUUUAUGAUUAAUCUCCACCCAUUUGUUUUAAUAUUGCAUUGUCAGUUGUUUUUUAAUAGCGUCUAUGUCUCCUUUAAUUUGGUUUUCGUUCAAAUGUUCACAGACAAGUCAAGUUACCAAUCGUUUUUCCACCAUUCAUUUUUCCCAUAGUGGAUUUUAGAAACACUAAAAUAAGAGCUGUGUUUCAUGUAGGCUCACCCUGGCAUGACGUUUUGAUAACCAUGUAAAUCUCUAGGACAAGGAUACUUUUAUCAAUAUAUUUUCCGGUAUUUACCCCCCAAAAGUGAAAUGCUAAUUAGCUGCUAAUGUGGCUAUCCUAAAAAAAACUACAAAUGCCAUGAUGAUCUGGACGAGCCUGCCGAAUUGAGGCAAAGGUAACCAUCUCUAGAUUAACUAUCUAAUGUUAGCUACAUUUUCUAAUUAAUAAAUUGUCUACAUUUCUGUAAAUUGACAAGUCUGUGAAGUCAGCUAGAGUUGACUUGCAGGAGCUUGCUGAGAUUUGUAGUUUUGCAUGACGUCUACUGAGAGUAAAUAGAGGCAAAUAUAUUGAUAAACGUCACAUUGUCCUCGAGAGAUUUACAUGGGUAUCAAAACAUUACGCCAACCAACAUUACGGUUGGCUGGACCUCUCUAUUUUCCCGUAGAUCACUUAAUUUCUCCCUUUUUGAUUCAUUUCUCCCUUUUUGAUUCAUUUCUCCCUUUUUGAUUCAUUUCUCCCUUUUUGAUUCAUUUCUCCCUUUUUGAUUCAUUUCUCCCUUUUUGAUUCAUUUCUCCCUUUUAAGAUUCAUUUCUCCCUUUUUGAUUCAUUUCUCCCUUUUUGAUUCAUUUCUCCCUUUUUGAACUUCCAACAUAUCUCACUUCUCUGUUUUGUAUUUUUUAUUUAACUUGGCAAGUCAGAUAAGAACACAUUCUUAUUUACAAUGACAGCCUACACCGGCCAAACCCUAACCAGGACGACACUGUGCUCCGCCUAUGUUUAAGUAGAAAAACAAGAGGCACCAAAAACGCUCACAGGGUUGGUUUUGUCCCUUGUGUCUCUACCAACCUAGGUAAAUUAGCCCUUAGUUUUAAUGCCGCUCAUGUUUGGAAUAAUUUACAAUCCUCAUUACAUCUUGAAUCCCUGCCAGCAGGGCAGUUUAGAACGCUGAUGUGGAACAUUCUCUGAGGUUUGCGAGUGUUUUGGUUGAUUGUAAUGAUUUAUUUGUGUUGUUGAAAUGUAUCUGUUGUGUCUUGUAUUUUCAUUUUUAGCUGUUUUAUUGAAUUAUGUUGAUUUGUGAAUUGUUUGUUCUCAGGGCACUAUUAUGAAUGAGACCCUGGCCUCAAUUGGGAUCCCCUGAAUAAGUAAAAGUGAAAUAAAAAUAAAUAAAUACAUAUUGCCUUUACUGUAGCAGUGCAGAAUAUCAAAACUGAAAAUGGAUUUGAAAAAAUUAUUACAUUUAGUUUUAUCCAGAUAUUGUAUUCAAUACUUUUUUGUCAUUUUUAACUUGGCCAGAUGACUUGCCCACAUCCAGAAUGUGCCAUCAACAUGAUAAUGCUGCUGAUAUAUUACAGUGCUUGCAGGUUUACAGAGACAAAGUCCUAACCAUUGGAUUGUGGCAGGCCUGGGUUCAAAUGCAUGCUUAAUUAAGUAUUUCUAUUUUAAAUACUUAUUUUCUGUGUAUUUGAGUAUUUUCAAAUAAUGUGCCCGAAUCAACUACUUAUAUUUGAAGUAGUAGCAAAUACUUGUAUUUCCAAAGAAAAAAUAUCAAAAUACUUACUUUGAAAUAAAUGUGAAAGUAAUUGAAAUCCCUUAAAUAGUAUUUGAACCCAGGUCUAGGGUGUGGCUGUUCAUUCCAAACUCAAUGUACUUGCUUGAUAUAUUUCUAUAUUAUAUACAUCUUUAGGUCAAUCCAUUCAAUGAUUUUAAAAAGCAUGUGUAGAUAGGGAUGCCAUUAGGCUUUGUCAGUUGUAUAUUAUGGUCUUAUUAUGCCUGUGUCGCUUUUCAGGGACAUACAAUAGUCUAUCAUGUAACAUUUUAUUGUAAAAGUGUCAUUUUUCUAUAUUAACAAUUUUGCAAUUACAGGUGCUUUGACAAAAUCCCUGAAUUGCCUUAAAAUGUAAUGUUACCACGGUGAACGUACUUGCAUGUACUUUCUAAAUUAUUGUUGUAAAUUUGAAACUGAGUAUGUGAUUUUUAUUCAAAAUAUCUAAGAUGGACAGUAUAUCAAAUUACUCAUAUUUUCAGGCCAAAUUUAGAAAUCGGCAUGUUAAUGAGAAAAUGUUGUUUUUCUAAAUAUACUUAAAUUCUGAAUUUUGUCAUAUCAUGAAUGUUUUUAUAAGCACUCAAAUAAACCAUUAUCUAUCAAAAUCUGUAAAAAGUAUUAGUCCAACAUGGUCAUGUUCAAUAAAUCUGCACACCUUCCCUCUCUAUAAUGCAGCAAAAAAAAGGUUUUG